CAGGAAGUCACACACUUAGGGAGUGGCCGGCAGUAAAACAGCCCUAUCCUAUGGACUGUGCCGCGGGUUCUGUAAAUUAACCCCAUACAGCCCGGCCUCUCUGCUGCAGGAAAUAGUGCAAAACAAAAACCCUCUCUUACUUUCAGUUUCAAUUCCAGCUGCCGAGGGACGAGACCACCUUGGGGGCCACUACUUAGGGGGACAUGGGGAAGACGGUGAGAGACGUCCUGGUCCAGGCUCUGGAGAACCUGGAAAAAAAAUCAUUUAAGAAGUUCAAGAACAAGUUAAAUGACUGGGAAAUCAAGGAAGGAUUCAGCAGGAUCCCCAAAGGUAAGCUGGAGGAAGCCGACCCCGAGGACGUGGCUGAUCUGAUCAGAAGAUACUACAAGGAUUUCUAUGGGAUCGAGGUCUCCCUGGCCGUUCUAGAAGCCAUAGAAGAGAAGACGGAGGCUGAGGAGCUCAGGAACGGCGUCAAGACGGUGAAUGGCGGUGCCGUCCGGGGGCCCAGCUCGGGGGCAGGUCAGGGAGCCACAUCCAGAGUUGAGCAGAGGCCCGGAGGCUCCUUAGAAUGUGUCCCGAAUCCUCAGUAUAAUCCAAUGGACAUGGAGCAUUUUGUGGAUCGGCAUCGCGCUGCACUGAUAUCACGGGUGGUUCUGGUGGCUCCGAUCAUAGAUGACCUCUAUGGACGACUACUAACACGUGAAGCCUAUGAGACCGUGCGCAGCAGGGCGACCUCUUCGGAGCAGAUGCGGGAGCUCUUCCGUAAUGUGGAAUCCUGGGGAAACGAAGACAAGGAUCAGUUCCUGAAAUCUCUGAGAAAACAUAACUCUCCGCUCAUCAGGGAUCUUGAAGCAAAGAAAUACUACAACCCCAGCAUAGACCGCUGCCUGGUGUGUGUGGAGGAUCGCCCGGACAUGGCAGAUGGGGAGCAUUUUGUGGACAGACAUCGCGCUGAGCUGAUAAGACGGGUGAAACAGGUGGAUCCGAUCCUGGAUGAUCUCUAUCAGCAUAAGCUGCUGACAACCGAAGCCUAUGACACCGUGCGCAGCAAGGCGACCUCUCAGAGGCAGAUGCGGGAGCUCUUCCGUCACGUGGAAUCCUGGGGGAAUAAAGACAAGGAUCAGUUCCUGAAAUCUCUGAGAAAAAAUAACCAACCGCUCAUCAGGGAUCUGGAAUAGGAUUGUGAUUAGAGAGCUAGCUCCUCUGGUCAGUGCUUCAAGGCAGCGGUUAUAAUAAACGGGUAUGUCGGCGCUCACGGCUGUCUUGGUGUUUGUGUCUAUCGAA